AUGCGCAAGCUACGCGGUGGACAGACGAAAGAAACGCGCAAACAGCGCCAGGAGCGGAAGGAGGAAAAUUUAAAAAUCCAGCAACAGAUGAAAACGAUAGUAUUACCCACGAUUGGAGUGAUUUUCCUGUGCAUAGUGGUGUACGUGUUUCUGAAAACUCGCCCACGAUAUGAAGAACUCUAGUCUCGCUAGCCUUAAUGGGCCCUUUUUAAGUUUUUUUUGUUUGUUUGAUUAUUUGUUUGUACCUUUUGCACUGCCGGGACUCUAUCGUGCAAGUGAUGCAGUGUGCGUGAGAUGGUUUCCAGUUAGAUUGAUACUGUAUGUUUUACGACUGAUAUAGCAACGUUUUAAUCACAUGCACAAAUCGGUUAUUUGUACAGCGUAUCGAGAAUAUAUCUACAGAUUAUAUUUACACUAUUA